UAAGUCUGUCAGAUUUAAAAAAAAAGAAACAGAUUCUAAAGCUCAACUUAAGCCAAACUUUUUUUUAUUAUUACCGUUUGUGUCCCCUCCAAGCAGAUAUAGACCCUUCCUAAGCUAAAUUAUUUACUUUUUAAUACCUUACCAUCCUCUCCUAGUGAUCACAGAGCAAGCAAAAGAAAUGUGACAAAAACAGUAAUACAGUAAAUAUCCCAUGUUUCCCCAUACAAAAUGAAGUGGAUUCAGUUGUACUUUAAUAAAAAUGUGUUUGAAUUAUAUGGUUAAUAUUCUAGGGUUACCUCUUACAUAGCAUUUGAGUUAAAUUGUGCACAAUCCCGCCAUUUAGAUGAUUUCUAAAAGAUUUUAUGCAUGCCAUAUUUAUCUUUUUUGCUUUAGAACUUUAUAUAGUACUUCAAUAUAAUUAAAUAUUUAAAUAAAUAACACAUAAUUUCAACUGCAUGUAAUUGACAUUGUACCAAUUCAAAGACUAAAAAAGCAUAGACUGAAUAAUAUUUCAGUGUUGCAGUUCCUCACUUAUACCUCAGAGCGCCGCUGUUUGACCAAUAAGAAGAAGAAUGCAGAACUGGAGAUCUACUGCUAUUUUCUUCAUUCAAACACACUGCAGAACUGCAUGAAGAGGCACAGCCAUUUCUGGAUUCUCUCUGAACAGUCUACAUAUUUUAUUGUUUUCACAAAAAAAAUACCUAUUUUUUUGGUCUCUGGAUUACAAAAGUUAAAUAUCCUAAAGGAGACUUUUGGAAAAUGCUGAAUGUGGAUGAGAUGAAACACCACCCAACAUACAAAAGGAUAACAUGGCAAGUAAUAUUUUCCUUCUUUUUUUCCUGGCUGUGUCAUUCAGUCUCAGGUCAGAUUCAUUAUUCCAUUGUAGAAGAAAUGAGAAAAGACUCUGUAAUAGCAAAUAUUGCAAACGACCUGGGAUUAGAUAUUAAACAGCUCUCAUCAAGAAAGCUGCAAAUUAUAUCACAUAUAUCAGAGAAAUAUUUUUAUGUGAAUGUAGAUAAUGGAAAUCUCUAUGUGAAGGACAGGAUAGAUAGGGAGACACUGUGUGGGGCAGAAGCUAACUGCCUCCUAACCUUUGAUGCUGUGGUCGAAAAUCCAUUUAUUGUUUUUAAAGUGGAAAUAGAAAUUCAGGAUAUUAAUGACAAUCCUCCAGUGUUUUAUCCUGAGACUUUCAAUAUAGAAACUAUUGAACUAACAUCACCAGGAACACGAUUUGCAUUACAAAAUGCAGAAGAUCUGGAUAUUGAUAUUAAUUCAGUACAGACAUAUAAACUCAGUGACAAUUCACAUUUUACACUAAAUCAGAAGAUUAGCAGCAAUGGAUUUCAAUCUCCUGAGCUUGUGUUAGAGAAAUCACUGGAUCAAGAAAUACAAAAUGUUCAUGAGCUGAUUUUAACAGCUCUGGAUGGAGGAAAUCCUGUGAGAUCUGGAACAGCUGUAAUACGAAUCAUUGUUACUGAUGUUAAUGAUAAUUUUCCAAUAUUUUCCCAAGAGGAAUACAAAGUUAGUGUAAAUGAGAAUAGUGUGAUAAAUACUACUGUAAUUAAUGUAAGUGCAAUGGACAAAGAUGCUGGUACAAAUGGGCAAAUCACUUACUCCUUCAGCAAAACAUCAGGAAAUAUUCAUCCAUCUGGCCUUUUCACCAUUCAUUUCAAAAGUGGUGAUAUUAACAUCAACAAAAAGUUGGAUUUUGAAGAAACAAGAAAUUAUGAACUGUCCGUUCAAGCUAAGGAUGGAGGAGGACUUGUUUCCCAUUGUAAGGUAUUAAUACAGGUUACAGAUGAGAAUGACAAUACUCCAGAGAUAUUCAUCAAAUCCUUAUCUUCACCCAUUCCUGAGGAUACUGCACCUGGAACAAUGAUCGCCCUAAUCAGAGUCCAUGAUAAAGAUUCAGGAGAAAAUGGAGAAGUGGACUGUAAGUUCAAAGGGGAAAUGCCUUUUAAUUUAGUUUUGUCAUCUAUUAGUGUUUACACAAUUGUUACAACUGGUCCUAUGGAUCGAGAGAAAGUGUCUAAUUAUAACAUAACAAUUGUAGCUACAGACAGAGGAUCUCCUCCACUUUCCAGUCAUAAAACCAUUAUAUUGGAGAUUUUAGAUGUUAAUGAUAAUCCCCCAUUGUUUAUGCACUCUACUUAUGUUGCCUAUGUACCAGAGAACAAUUUACCAGGAGUCUCAAUAUACAGUAUACACGCUUCCGAUGAUGAUACUGGAGACAAUGCAAAAAUUAUUUAUUCUAUUUUCAAUACAAAUACAGAUCUUUUAUUGUCUUCUUAUGUUUCUCUUAAUGUAGAGACAGGAGUUUUAUAUUCCCAGAGAUCAUUUGAUUAUGAGAAGCACAAGGAGUUUGUAGUAGAAGUAAUAGCAAUGGACAAUGGACACCCAUCUCUCAUCAGCAACACAACAUUAACUAUCAAAGUCAUAGAUCAGAAUGACAAUGUGCCAAAACUCCUAUACCCAUCCCCAGAGAGUGGAACAUCAGCAGGGUUUGAGAUGGUCCCUUUUGCUGCUGAGCCUGGAUCAUUAAUAACAAAGGUGGUUGCAGUGGAUGCAGACUCUGGACAUAAUGCUUGGCUCUCGUAUCAUUUUGUACAGUUAUCUGAACCAUCUUACUUUUCCAUUGAUGAACAUACAGGUGAAAUUCGAACACAACAUGUUUUUCAAGAGAAGGAUAUACUGAGUCACAAGGUUGUGGUGAUGGUAAAGGACAAUGGAAUCCCAUCUCUGUCUACUACAGCUACCAUCACCCUGGUUGUUGCAGAUAAUUUCCAACAAGUAGUUCCUAAAUUUGUCAAUCACUUCCCUGAUGAAGAUACCCAAUCAAGCCUGCAGCUGUACUUAGUAAUUGCCCUAGCAGUAAUAUCUUUGCUAUUUAUUAUAACAGUCAUGUUGGCUGUUAUAUCUAAAUGUAGGAAGUCUAAACCAUUCCAGGUGUAUGGGCCCGUCAGUUCAAAUUUAUAUCCUCAAGUUGAUCCCAGCAUGUUCUCUCAAUAUACCAGUGGAACACUAACACUUCCCUACACUUACAAUGUUUGUGUGGCUUUGGAUUCUGGGGAAAAUGACUUUACAUACAUGAAAACUAAUCCAAAUGUCCCUGUGGAAAAUCUGAUUGAUGCUGAUGAUUCAGGUCUUGGCAAUGAAAGUUUAAAGGCAGCUUUAACAACCAGCAGUCAAAUGCAGGUGAGUUUUUGA